AUGGAACCUGGGGAACCCCAGGAGCCCCGUGAGCCCAGGCCGGGAGCAGAGAACGCCGCGGUCCCACGCUGGGAGGAAGCCAAGACUUUCUAUGACAACCUCUCGCCCAAGAAGAAACCCAAAUCGCCCAAGCCUCAGAAUGCGGUCACCAUUGCUGUGUCCUCCCGAGCCUUGUUCCGUAUGGACGAGGAGCAGCGGAUCUUCACAGAGCAAGGUGUGGAGGAGUAUGUGCGCUACCAGCUGGAACACGAGAAUGAGCCCUUUAGCCCCGGGCCAGCCUUCCCUUUCGUGAAGGCUCUGGAGGCUGUGAACAAGCGGCUGCGGGAGCUGUACCCUGAGAGUGAGGACAUCUUUGACAUCGUCCUCAUGACCAACAAUCAUGCUCAAGUGGGUGUUCGCCUCAUCAACAGUAUCAACCACUAUGACCUGUUCAUUGAGAGGUUCUGCAUGACAGGUGGGAAUAGCCCCAUCUGCUACCUCAAGGCCUAUCACACCAACCUCUACUUGUCAGCUGAUGCGGAAAAAGUGCGGGAAGCCAUUGAUGAGGGGAUUGCAGCUGCCACCAUCUUCAGCCCCAGCAGGGAUGUGGCUGUGUCCCAGAGUCAGCUGCGUGUGGCUUUCGAUGGGGAUGCUGUGCUCUUCUCUGAUGAGUCGGAGCGCAUCGUCAAGGCCCAUGGGCUGGACAGAUUCUUCGAGCACGAGAAGGCCCAUGAGAACAAACCUUUGGCACAGGGCCCCUUAAAGGGCUUUCUGGAGGCACUGGGUAGGCUGCAAAAGAAGUUCUACUCCAAAGGCUUGAGGCUGGAGUGCCCAAUUCGUACCUACUUGGUGACAGCACGCAGUGCAGCCAGUUCCGGGGCCCGCGCUCUCAAGACCCUGCGCAGCUGGGGCCUGGAGACGGAUGAGGCUUUAUUUCUAGCUGGAGCACCCAAAGGCCCCCUUCUCGAGAAGAUCCGUCCACACAUAUUCUUUGAUGACCAGAUGUUCCAUGUGGCUGGGGCUCAGGAGAUGGGUACCGUGGCUGCCCACGUGCCUUAUGGCGUGGCACAGACACCCCGGCGGACUGCACCUGCAAAACAGGCCCCAGCUGCACAGUAGCUGAGCCACCAGCUGGACUGAUCCACAUUGCUCCAGGCGCCCUGUCAUAUUUUGACACCUCAUCUGGUAGACCAUUCUAGUUCCUCACUGUUCUGCCCUUCUGCCUGUCUGUUCUCCCUAUAAAUGAGGUAUUGUAGGAAGUUAUGCAAACUGGGCUGGCAUUCCCACCAUCCUUCCUUUGGGGCAUACCUUGUGCCAUGACCAGGACAGUAAGACUGUGUGAAGUAGCUGGACCUCAGAGGGAAGCUGAUGGGACUGAGAAUGAAAGGAUCAGAGAAGUCAGGAUGCCUCAAAAGAGGCCUGGGAUGAAAACUAGCUCAGUGCAGUCAACGAGUACUGCUUUGUGAGACAGUGAAUCUGCCUUCUAAGCUCAGUCCUGGCAUUAACCGCAUGACUUUGAGUAAGUCUCUUCCUUCAUGGACCCCAGUUUCCCCAUCUUUUGGGUAGUUUUCAGAUUCCCUUUAGCCAAAGAAUCUCAGUUCUAUAAGAUUGCCCUCUUUGAAGGGAGCAUUCUGAGCCAGAGCCGCUGCUGGUUUGUAUGGCACCUUUAUGCAAAUUACAAAAGGAUACUCUCUCUAGAUGAAUGAAAGAUAAAAAGACCGUCCUUCCUCUGGCCUGGUCCAGACUUGUGCUG